GUUGCCAAGCGCAAAUUUUGGCAUAUAAGCGCAAAAAUGAGCAGCAGUCCGUCGCAUGCAGCCAGCCGCGCACCGGCGGGACCUGAGGAAUUCAGCAGGUACCUAUAGACUCCUCUGAGCUCUGUCCCCGUCAGAUGUGGACGACGCGCACUCUGAACACUUCGACCGCGCGCACUCCUCACGUGCGAUAGAUGGAAGUCAGUGCGCCGCGCAACUGUCGCCGCGCAACAACCCCGAGGCGUCUUGGCAUCUGGAAUAUUGCAGCUGGCAGGAGAUUUUUUUUCAUCGGUUUGGCGGAAUUUUAAAGACGACCAAAAAGUGUUCUCCAUUCCGCAGCAGUGUUACCGUCAUGAAGAGUCCCCUUCCUUUCCUGGGCUGGGUUAGAGCCGCGAGCUUGUACCUGUGCCUGACCCAGACCGCCCUGGCCGUGGUCCUCACCAACUCCACGCGGCUGGAGUCCAUCCUGGACAAGUUCCGGGACCAGGACGAGGAGUGGUGGAGGGCGAGGCCAAGGGGCAAGAGGGCCAUCAGCGAGGGAGACAUGCACCUCAUCCUGGACCUGCACAACAAGCUGCGCGGUCAGGUCCACCCUCCUGCCUCCAACAUGGAGUACAUGGUAUGGGAUAAUGAGUUAGAGCGGAGCGCAGAACACUGGGCACAUACCUGCCGGUGGGAACAUGGGCCGAGCCACAUGCUGACUCAAAUAGGCCAAAACCUCGGAGCGCACUGGGGCAGGGACCGCCCACCUACCUACCACGUCCAGGCAUGGUAUGAUGAGGUGAGAUACUACAGCUACCCCUACUCCCAGGAGUGUAACCCACACUGUCCGUUCAGAUGCUCAGGACCUGUGUGCACUCACUACACUCAGUUGGUGUGGGCAACCAGUAAUCGCAUUGGGUGUGCCAUCAACGUGUGCUACAACAUGAACGUGUGGGGCAUGAUCUGGGCCAAAGCUGUCUAUCUGGUCUGCAACUACUCUCCACCGGGUAACUGGUGGGGUCACGCUCCAUAUAAAUAUGGAACUCCCUGCUCUGCCUGUCCAGCCAGCUAUGCUGGAGGCUGCAGGGACAACCUCUGCUACAAAGACGGGGGUGUGGACAGGCGUCCGCCUCCUGAGAUCGAGGAGAACUACAUUGAGCCCGAACCCGAGCCGGUGAGGGACAGAGAGCCCCAACCCAGGGCCCAGUCACCCGACCCCACGCCCACUGACAACCGGGAGGCCAACCAGGUUGUCAGCACAGAGCAGAUGUGCCAACAAGUCGACUGUGAGACCAAGCUGAGAGAUCAGUGCAAGGGGACCACUUGUAACAGAUACGAGUGUCCACCUGGCUGCCUUCACAGGUCUGGGAAAGUGGCCGGGACUGGAUAUUAUGACAUGCAAUCCAGUGUGUGUGGAGCCGGCUUACACUCUGGUGUCAUUGACGAUGAUGGAGGAUGGCUGGAUGUGACGAGACUCGGCAGAAAGCAGCAAUUCACCAAAUCAUACAAGAAUGGUAUUCAAUCAAUUGGGAAAAACAGAAGUGCAAAUUCCUUCAAAGUAGAGUCAGUGCCUGUCAAGGCAGUAACAUGUGACACCACCGUGGCACUUUUCUGCCCUUUCAAGAAACCUCUGCGACACUGUCCCAGGUUGUAUUGUCCCAGGAACUGUUUGCGUGACAGUCGAGCCCGAGUCGUCGGGACAAAGUAUUACGCAGAUAAAUCCAGUAUCUGCAGAGCGGCCAUUCACGCUGGAGUGAUCCGGGGCGAGUCCGGAGGAUACCUCGAUGUGAUGCCAGUGGACAGAAGGAGGCAGUACAGUGGCAGUUACCAGAAUGGCAUCUCCUCAGAGAGCCUUCUGAACCCAACAGGAGGAAAAGCCUUCAGAGUGUUUGCAGUCAUCUGAAAAACCCACUGUCAAAGGGCAGAGUACCGUCAAAACAUGGCUCCCUUCACAUCCAGCAAACCCACUCAUUACCGUCGUACAUCAUGCAAUUACAUUCAGUCCUACAGUAAAUGAGUCAGCUUUCAGCCUCGGACAUCAAAUGUAACAUGACUUUUAUCAAGGCUUCCCUCAUAAGUUUGGUCACGAUUCCAAACAUAGCGAAGCGAAGAAUUCUUGGUGAAUGAUGAUCACGCGUGUCUUUCGUAUUACAUCUUUCUGGAGCUGGCCACAAUGAUCACAUACUGUCCUGCUCCGAUGCAUCAUUGCAGACAUGAUAUCAUGACAUCAUGUUUGUAACACUUGAAUAUACUGUGCGCCACCACAUUUUAGCACCACACCAGCUCAGCUGCCUCCCAUAAUAUCAUAGGGUGAAGGUUUCUGAGGAGAUCCAAACCAGAUGUUAAGUAAAACUACAAAUAAAUUGAUAGAAUCUAAUGAAUAAGUAUAGGUCAGAAAUAAACAGAUAAAUACAUCUGUGAAUGUGAAUAAAUUAAUCCAAACUAAUUUGAUACAUGUUUUACUUUCACCUAAGCAAUCUGCAAAUUUCCCCCUCUAGAAACAGGAUUUCUUUUUUCCAACCCUAGAACUACACGUUACUUGAAUUGAAUUGUCUCCAUGGGUGUGACCUAAUUAAAAGAUUAGCACUUUGCACAGUUGUUUCAGCGGUUUCCUCGUCCCAGAGUUGGUGUGUUUUUUUUAAUGGGUUUUUGGUAAGAUGCCUGAAACAAGUUCUGUGGUUAACACAAGCUCAAGACAUUUUCACAUUUUACUCUACAAUAUAAAAUUUUAAUUUGUAUACUUUUUACGUGUCUUUUGCUUGCUAACGGUGGCAAAAUGAGACUGCGUUGGUUGUUGGCGACAUUAAAUGUCAUCACGCCCGAAACUGCUCUAUGGCCUUGUUGUGUGUACGCAAAAAUAUGUCUAACGUUCUACAAAGCAAAGCUUUUACACAAAAAUCAAAUUACAAGUAAGCUUGCAUGCAGAAGCAUAGUGAUAGUGGCGCAGUCCGUCUAUAGCUGACAUUGUUUUUUUUUACAUUGGCCGAUUGUAUUUAGGCUUCAAAAUUAUCAUAAAAGUGGUGUUCAUUUGUGAAGAUUAUCUUGCUGAACAAAUUUGUAUCAUGAAUUUUCGUUUGUCACAGAGCUUAUGUGAUGCAUGAAUCCAAAAAUUACAUUUGCUUUUUGGGAAUCAUCCCUGCAGCACUCUAUAACCCCACUUUUCAUCAUGGUGAUAAAGUACAGUACAGCAACAAUGCAGGCAAUGAAAUACAGACUGUAUAUUUCUGUACAUAAUAAUGUUGUAAAUAAUGCUGGACACAAUAUGAAAUGUGUGCUACUGUUGCCUUUUUUCAUUUACGUUUCUAACACAUUACCAGCCAUACAAAUAAAUCCAACAAAAAAAUUGUAGAUGGUGAAACAGCUUCUGCAUGCAAAACAUAUACUUAUCACCCACGCUUUGAAUUCCCCCAUAAUUCCAUCAUAGUCAUAUGCUUGUAAAUAUUGUGUAUGUAACAUUUCUCAUCUUUUGUUUAUAGAUUUUAUAUGUAUGGACCCUGGCUGGCCAGGCAUGUGCAUGGCAGAAUCCUAAUUAGAAUACUUGCAUAUAAAGUUCAAAUGUGUUUUUUUUUAUUUGAAUGUUGUUAUUUCUUAUUGUAUAAAGAGUCUAUGUCAUAAAAUCAAUAAACUAUAUUCCCCUGCUCAGGA